CCUCUGAAGGAAGAAAAAAAAAAAAGUUUGGGACGUGCGUCAGACACAUCUGCGCAUAGUCAAACUUUUGGACGCUGCAGCUUGGACACACACGACUCGUCUCCAAAAGUUUACGGUUAUUAGUCGUGCUUACUUUUCACCUCCGAGCAGUUUCCGCCAAAAAAAAAUAAGGAUGGGAGUGAGCGCGUCAGAUUUGAAGCGAAGGAAGUGACAUGUUGUGAAAGCCUAAUGAGGUGACUUUUUCUCCUCUGGCAAAAGAAGAACUUUGACGGUUCCAUGUCCGCGGAGACCGGACACCCUCCACGGGGGCCAGAUAGAAGCCCAAAACCGGAGACCGGCUCCUCUUUGCAGCCCCUCAUUCACGAUGCUGAACCAUCGGGACCAUCGUCCGGUCACGUGACUCAGGAGGACCACUUUGAGCCAAUCAGAAAUCAACCUCAGAUUGAAAAAGGACAAAAUGAUGUCGGGCCCCCCGCGGCCGAUGCGAGGACAACGUGCAAAUGCUCCUGCGGCAAUGGCGUCGCAGGAGGGCCGACCGCUGCCACGAGAGCAACGACGGCGGUGGCCACCAGGGGGCCGGCCACGCCGGUUUCGCAGAAAAUGCAACGAAAGUUAAAAUCCAGCCUGUCGGUCAACAGCGACGGCAGCCGGCAAAGCUCCACCGGAUCGUCGAAGACGCCUUUACCGGAAGACUGCUGCGUGCACUCCAUCCUGGCGUGCCUCUUCUGCGAGUUCCUAACGCUUUGCAACCUGGUGGUGGCGCCGGCGUGGUGCGGCCCGUGCGCCUCCGAGUCGUCGUGGUGCUGCUGCUGCUGCUGCUGCGCCGAGGACAUGGGCGACGACUGCAACUGCCCCUGCGACAUGGACUGCGGCAUCAUGGACGCCUGCUGCGAGUCGUCGGAUUGCUUGGAAAUCUGCAUGGAAUGCUGCGGCAUCUGUUUCCCCUCGUAGGGACGCCUCUUCCAUUUUGUUUCUCGCUCUUCCAGUACUACAACACUGUAAAAUGUGACAUCUCAUGUUUAUGUAUCCAUAUCUACUGUCAUGGAAUUUCAGGAAGGGGCUGAUCAGGAAUUGAAAUCGCCCGCCGACUCGCAACGAGGCGCUCGCUGUCGUAUUGUUUUUGGCAACUAAUGAGGCGAGAGGCAUUUUUGUAGCUCGUCUCCGCUCGGCCGCUAGAUGCUCAGGCGUGCUCAUUACCGGCGCUACUUGCUAACGGAUAGCAAAUUGUUACUAGCUAACAAAGAUAUCUUUCUGCCAUUUCGUACUAGAUUACCGUAUUUUCCGGCCUAUAAGGCGCACCGGACUAUAAGGCGCACCUUCAAUGAAUGGCCCAUUUUAAAACUUUAUCCUUAUAUAAGGCGCACCGGACUAUAAGGCGCACCAUUAAUGCAUCAUGUCAGAUUUUUAAUCCAAAUCAAAUCAUUCUCCAUUUUAUCUUUUUUAUUUCAACUUCAGACGGAACAAAUUAUUUUAUAAUCAUAAAGUAAUGAUCCAUAGUCUUUUUGAGUCAUGAUUCAUAGUCUUCAGCGGGCCACUUAUGAUUGAUUUCAUGACACAAUGCUUUGGGCCAGUUUAAAUUUAGGAAUUUGGUCCAUAUAUAAGGCGCACCGGGCUAUAAGGCGCACUGUUGGUUUUUGAGAAAAUUUUAGGUUUUUAGGUGCGCCUUAUAGGGCGGAAAAUACGGUACUUGGAUUUUACUUUAGUUCAGUCAUCCAGUUGGCCAACUUUUACUGUUGAGAAAGCACAAUGUGAAGAUUUUUUGGGGGAGAUAACUUAGCUACAGAAGUCCUUUUAAGAUUUGACUCAUUUUCAAGCUUUACAAUUUGAUGUAUUGGUUAAAAUUUCUCUUAUUGUUGCUGUUGUACAUUAUUUCUGAAUUUUAAAAUAAACAGUCGUGUAUUCACAUCGUGCAACUUUUGAA